UAGACCGGCGCGCCAAAAUUGAGCAAGGGAACCAAGGAGGACCAGGGGCAGCGGACUGCGGAGGGGAUUACACGGGGGGAACGGCCAUUUUUUUAAAUCACCAUGAGGUCAGGAGCAGAGGUUUUAUGCAAGGGAAACACAUCCAUCGAGGCUGCCAAACCUGAAGAGAGUGUGAUUAUAAUCAGUGAUGAUGAAGGGGAAGUUACACUCGGCCUUGGGAAUUCUGUGCUGUUGAUAGAAGAUGCUGAAGAAAAGUCUUUUGUCUGUGAGAAGACAGCCGAGGAGGUACUGGAUGAGGAGCUGGCCAUUACUUUCAGCAAGCAAGCACAUGUAAUGCCUCACGCAAGAUAUGACUGUCCGACGCACCCUUUCGUGCGCUCUGAACAAGAAACUCAAGUCCCGCUGGACAGGAACGCAAAUUCCUGCCCUGAAUGCUACUGCUACCUCUGCGAUAAGCUUUCCUCGGAGUGUCAAAACUGGACAAAAUUCUCCAUCUGUCACUGUAAUGCGCAUAACAAGAGUAAAUACUGGAAAGAGCAGAGAGACACUGCUUUGGCUGGGGUGCUUACUAUAUUUAAGCUGGACCUCACAGAGAUUGACUCAGAGCUUCGAGAAGGAGGGAACCUGUUGCAGAACUUCAUCAGCGAACUCUCUGUGGCAUACAACAAGUAUUUGGAAGGCACAUUAGUGCCCCGCGAUGACCUUUAUGCAUGCAUGUGUCAGUGUCACUGCAUAAAGUCUGUGAACAAAUGCAAUGUAUGCCUAGUUAAUCACUCCCAAAUCCACUUCUACAGUUAUACCUCCGUAUUCAAAUUGGUGACAGAAUAUUUAAACAAAGCAGAAACUAAAAGUCCAAAGAAGGCCGCAGUGAUGCUGCUGGGUGUAGCCAAAGCGUUAACCUUUCAUAAGGCAGCACCUAGUGCUUUCACAUAUAAAGAACCCAGUGCAAAUCUAAAACAGGCUACAGUCCUUUUAAUGACAAGGACUGUAUCCAUUCUCCAAAGGCUAUUGGUUUUAUCUGAUUUCCCUAAGAAUAUCUUUGAGAAGUUCGUAGUAUUUUUCCAAUCCCUUCAGCUUCCUCCUCAAUUUUUCUCUUUUACGAAUAGCCUCAAUGUUCUCACGUGGGAUGAUCCCUUAUUGGUAUCAGUGUUAGCAGGCCAGAACCUGACCGGUCAGCGCACAAAGAAAGGGAAGAAGGAGUUUCUCUGGGAAUCCCUGCCAGUUGUCCAGGCCAGAGUGAGAAAGCUAGAGAAUGACCAGAGUUACAGGCAGCUGGUCCGUUACCUGAAUGCUGUGCGCUGCUCUGACGCAUUUGGGUUAAACGCUUUGAGGCAGAAGACCUGUUUUUACAUGUGCAAAUAUGGCGACUAUGCAAACGCGGCCUAUGCGUUGUUGAGCAUGAAGGGCAUGGCCUGCAGUAUAUCUAGCACGCUAACCCCAACGCAGUUUGAGUUGUAUCUAACUAUGUUCCGAACUAGCAGCUGCCCCUCAGGAAAUGAACUAGUACGACAUGGAGUCUGGAUACCUUUUCAAGGAAAUCCAAUGAAGAAAGGGAUAUUGGUGCGCUGUGCUAUCAGAAUUCUUUAUACUAAUAGAAUGCUAGCUCAAGAGCCUUUAUGCUGGGCUGCUCUAAUCCGCACAUGGUGCACUAGUGAUUUUAUAAGUGCCAACGGAAAUCUUCAACCCCUUCUUUUGGAAGAACCAGAUGAGCAAUUCCAACGAAUAGUUUUGGCCAUUUCUUGUAACAUCAUGGAAGAGCUGCAACGACAAACACAUGCCUAUCUGCCUGACCCAUUUACUAAAUAUCCUCUUCCUUCUGAACUGAUCCUUGUGGUACAAGCCGUUGUUCAGUUUAUGAUGAGUUCUGCAAAGCCUCUGCAACAUAUUUUAAAUCUCAUAUUUGCUUUUAAGACAAACUUUUGGGCCAUGUAUCUCCUGAUUUCUGGAAUCAGUCCCAUGGCAGACCUGCUAGGCAACUUUGUGUCUGCUCUUGAGAAGGAUAUGUGCGAGGAUGAACAGUCUGUGGUGGAAGAAUUGAGAAACAAUGACUUCAUGUAUGCGUCCCAGCUUGCAGCCAUAUUUUUACUGCAUGAGAGUGAGAUCGUUCGGCGCGUUGGACUCCAUGUGAUUGAUAUAAUACUAAACAGUAUUGCAAUGUUCACGUGGGCUCCCAUGUUUGCUAAUUAUUUGACUACUAGGGUAAUUGGUAGUUCUUCAUAUGCCAAUGCAAGUUUACAUGAACUGCAAUUACUGAAAAGCAAAAUUGGACAGUUAAAGGCAAAGUCUAAAUGUCCUGUCACCAAUGGGGCCCAGUGACCAGAAUACACCGUCGUCAAUACCUGUUUAUAUACGCACUUUGUAAAGAGCAUCUACACUUCUAUUAAAGAGCAGAUUGGAUGAUUUGUAGCUCUCUGGCUGUUUGUGUACCACAAAUCCCAUGAUCCUCCAUAUCACUCCGGUAGGAGUAAGUACUUGGGAAAUGUUGUCCUGGAGAACAUGUCUUUUUGCCACUGAACUAGAACAUUUGCACAUUUGUUUAAUCUAGUUUCUGUAUCUGCAACUUAGAAUUAUGACCAUUUUAGGGGUGUUUUUUUCCUCCCCUUUCAGUAAAUUUUAAAUCAAAGCAAAGUUAAUUUUACAAUACGGCAUGUCGUGGUAAAAAUAUGUAUAUUUUUAAAAAAUACAUGGGAGUGUACCUUAAACUGUAAAUCAAUCUAAAGGAUGCAGGUAAAGUCUGUGACAGACGAUCUCUGCUUUCCACAACAAAAAAGCGUUGUAAUAGAUGAUCUAUUCUGACAGUGUCUCUGAAAACUAGCAUCUCACACUGCAGGAACAAUGCACGGAACUUAAAGUGGUGAUGUUGGAUUGAGUGCCUCCACAGACACUGUUUGAGAAACUAAACCUAUGAUACGAGUUUUUUUUUUGUUUUGUUUUGUUUUUUAAGUUUUUCUUUAUUUGAACUAUCCUUAAAAUAUAUAUAUUUUUUGCUUCUCUUAAAGGAA